AUGGUGAACAAGGCCAACAGCCAGGCCCUGGCUGCCGUCUUUUUCUUUGGCAUUGUUUUCUGCGUCGCCAUCGCAACGACCGUCCUUUACUCUCUCGGCGGCGUCUCCUCACUGCUUCACAACGGACCGAGGCUGGUCCUCGUCGUCUUCUUGACAUCUUCCUUCCUCUGGGCCUUCGUCUCCUUCGUCGGCACCCUCGUCGACAGCACCAACACCGUCGGAUGCCAGGUGGCCGUCACCUUUUCCUCCCUCUUCGAUCAGCUCGCCCGAGUCUUCCUCGAGGAAUUCUUGUUCUUCGCCAUGAAGCCCGACUUUAGUCUCUCUGUCGGAACCAUCCUCCCCCAGGUCCUCAUCGUCGUGCGCUUCAUUCUGGGUGGAAUAUUCGUCGGCGUCCGCGGCUCGCAGUUCAAGCCCGUCUGCGUUGGUAAGACGCGUGUUCUCGGUCUGGCCAUCGCCGUUCUCCUGUCAGAUGUCGUCGUCAUCCUCUUGCUCGUCGUCCGCGCUUCCACCCUCGGCGUUUUGCGUCGACUUGCCGAGAAGACCGCCACCGGCGCCCGCAGCAAAGCCCUCAUCUUCGUCCUGGCCGGCCUGGCUCUGUGGACAACAUUGAGCAUACCCAUGACUUUGGGCAUCUCCUCGUUCGAUAUUACCGUUCGAACCGUGCUUCCUGCCCUUGGCCUCUUGGCCGCCAUCGCGCUACUCGCCAUCUUCAGCCGCAGUCUGGCCACGGCACAAGAGGGAAAGAAGAACCCGACGACGCCAACUGCCCGCGGUCCCGUCGAAUUCUUGCCGCCAAAGCCCACGUCCUCCCGUGGCCUGCAGAACGCAGCUGCGCAGCCCCCCCCGAACCAACUUGCCGGAGCUCGAACGGGUCCGACAGCCUCCAACGCAUCGACCCAUAGCGCGACGCCCUCGGCCGGGAGCAAAACCGACCUUCCGGCCAACACUGGACAGCUCCGUCCGCCCACACGCGCCCACAUGGUUGCUCCGCCCCUCCGCGCUGCUCCCAAGGCGCCCAAGAAGUCUCCCCUCAAGAAAGGGGGCAAGCUGGUCAUCUCGGGGCCGAUUGCAACCCCGGACUGCGUCGAGGGUCCGCUGACGAGGAUCGCAACCAUGGAUCUGGCCACGGCCGUCGAUGCCGACAGAGAGCGACGCAAGACAGUCCUGCAAGGUCUCAAAUCCAACUCGGAUGACGCAAAAUCCGCGGAGCCGCCAUCCGGAUCACGCUCCAUUGCAUCCGAUAUGAACGACUCUUCCUCCACCCGGACUGUUGGGUCCGUGCAGCCUGCCGUUCAGAGACCCGACACGGCGUCAACGACUUCGGCUCAGCCAUCUCCCGGCAGCGUUGAUUCGCGUCGGAGAUCCCCCAGGAAAGCACGCCACGCAGACAGUUAUUCCCCGCCUGUGCCCCGAAAGGACACCAAAGAGGAAUCUGGCUUUGCGCCUUUUACACGACCCGCGCCCACGUCCAACAUACAGGAGCGACGACGCACUCGCGCGCUGCAGAUGAGGACGGCAUCAAAGGCCCCGGCCCUCCCCCGCGCACCCACAGAGUCCCAGGCCCCGGUUCUCCCCCGUGCACCCACAGAGUCCGAGGUCCCGGCUCUCCCCCGUGCACCCGCCGAGUCCCAGGCUCCGGCUCUCCCCCGUGCGCCCGCCGAGUCCCAGGCCCCGCCCAUGCCACGACUUGCGUCGGACGAAAACUCGCCGCCGCAUUCCAAGAACGCCAACGCCAAUGGCACGAGCAUGCAAGGCUACCCAUCAAGAGCUCCGCUCAUGAACCUCUCCCACAACGGUCCUGUCAGAUCCGAUAUCCGCCCGUCCAGGCAAACGCCCUCCGUGACGGUCAGAGAGAUCCGUUCCCAUCCGGCAAACAUGUCAAUGCAGCCGAGACAGCCAAACGGCAUUCCCAGACACCCGGGUCCUAGACCGAUGAGGCCGCCCUUCCACCCCAACGCCAUGAGGAUGCAUCCCAAUGCCAUGAGGCCCCAUCCCAAUGCCAUGAGGCCCCAUCCCAACGCCAUGAGGCCCCAUCCCAAUGCCAUGAGGCCCCAUCCCAACGCCAUGAGGCCCCAUCCCAACGCCCUGAGGGCCCAUCCCCACGCCCUGAGGGCCCAUCCCCACGCCCUGAGGGCCCAUCCCCACGCGUUGAGGGCCCAUCCUGACGCCUUGAGGGUCCAUCCCGACGCCAUGAGGGUCCAUCCCGACGCCAUGAGGAACAACCCGUCCGCCUUGCCUCGCAGCGCCGGAGUGUUGCCACCGCGGGAACGGAGGGGUAGCGAAACCAGGGGUUUCCCAGCCCAGAUACCAUCCUCAACCGCGGAUGGUAACUCGCAUGGGCUGAAGAGGAGGUCCGCUUCCUUCUCUGACAUCCCCCCCCCACCGUAUGUGGCUGCGCCGGCGCCCCCGGCGCCCGUCGAGCCUCCCUCGCCCAAGCUGAGCCAAAGCAAUGUCACGGCUGUCGAGCUCCUGCCGGAAACGCCCGUCUCGAGAACCUAUGAUGCGCCAGCAUCUGCCACCACGCGCUCCCCUCAUUCGCCUUCCGGAUUCUCUCCGAAAGUUCGUGCAAAUUCGGUCACGAGCGCUCCGGGAGACCGCGGAUCCAAGGUCGCUGCCUCGCCUACUCCAAGAACCGUGUCCAACCAUAGCACGAGGAGGAGAUCCUCGUUGGUGCUCCCCAAUACCUCGACGCCGAAGGACGACAAGACGUUCAGUAUCCAACUCGGCAUGGCUCGGUCUCCUGCUGCCAGCCCUCAGGUGCCAACAACACCCAAGGCGGCUUCCGUGACUGCCAGGUCACCCUGGAAGCAAAAGCCCAGCGCCCGCACUUCUUCGGCCAGCUCCAUCUUGGUGAAUGACAGCGGCGAGGAUGGGAGAGAAAUCAUGACCAUCAUGCUCGACCAGUCGUCGCCCCGUUCCGUUGGAUCGCCUCUACAGUGGCAUCGUCGCCCCGGUCAAGAAUGUCCGACAUUUUCAAACAGGAAGACUCUUAUGCUCAACCGAAAGUUGGUUCUGCCGGCGCCGCUGAUUCUCGGCAAGCCAAACAAGACGCGAAAGAUUGUUCCCGAGAGUCCCUUGUCUCUGGAGUCCCCGACUGCUGCUCUUGCGAGGAUUCAUUCGCAGCUGGACACCUUCGAGGAGUCCGAUGAGGAGAAGACGGCCACCAGUCAGCGGUUCUUGACGAAUGUCGAAGCGGAGAUGAACGUGCAAGAGGAUCAUUGGCAGAAGAUGCGCAGUGACUAUUCCCGAGCUUCCACCUCCCCUGCCACUUCUUCUCCCGCGGACACCCAACGCGGCGAAAGCCUCCCAACGUCUCCAACGGCGAAGGCAGGAUCUUCUGGUCGCGUCUCGCCCCCGGAAUUGGAGUCAGCGGGUUCGGGAGAAAGCGCCUUCUUCGAUGCCCACACCGUGCUCACCGAUGCGGCAGACCGGGAAAGCGCCGGUAGUGGGAAGUCGAGCCCUGCCUCUGAAGACUCGGUCGAGUCACCAUUGCUGGGCUCUGACGCAUCGUCGAAUCUCUCUACUCCAUCUCCCAAGACGAAGGACACAGUCGUCGACAUGGGCAGUUCGACUGUGGCUCGGAGUUCCCAGGAAAUGUCCGAAAAGCCACGAACAAUCUCGGGAGUUCUUCAAACCCCGACCUCUAUGCCAGCCCCCCUGCCUGUAUCUCACCAGCCAGCCCCGGCCCGGCCAGUCACCCAGCGGCCUCCUCGCCAAAGUAGGCGGAUAUCCAAUCUGCCCGACAUUCUGGAGAACCCUGAGCCGAUGAAAGACAGGCGGGCCACUUUGGGAAUCUUCCAGUUUCCCUGGGGUGAAAAGUCGGACACCGGCACCGUCGAGGCUCCGACUCGCACACUUGCGUCUCAUGAUCAAUCGUUUUUUGACAGUGAAGACAGCGACGAUGAAGAAGACGACGAGGACGAGGAGCAUGCCGAGGAAGAUGACAAGGUUCAGAGCAGAAAGAACACCGGCUUCGAUGAAUCGACCUUGUGGGACAUUGCCCAUCUCCUCCGUUCCGACGAGGUCCCAUCCCGGGACAGCCUUUUCCCAAGAGAGCGCAUGAACCAGGCUGCGACGUCCUCAACCAUUGAGAGCCGUAACUUUAGCAAACCCCUCUCUGUGGCCUUUGGAGAGCCAUCGCCUGUUCCCUCCGGCACGAUGUUGCGGCGCAAGUCCUCGAUACCCAUGGUACCGUCGGCGUCGCCAAGACUUUUGGUCAACGAAAAGGAGUCCUCACGAACGAACGACUGGGUCUCGAUGUCAUCCGUGCAGCCUAUCUCUACCCCGCCCCCAUCCCUGGCCUCAAGGAGCGACUCUCCUUCGAGCGACUCCUCGUCCAUGCAAUCCAACGUAACGGCCCAAUCUACCGUGAACAGUCCAUCAACGAACAGCGACACAGGCUCCCCAGACAGCCCCAUGCGGAGCAAGACGCAAGGAAAGCGGGAUUUAGUCAAAGCGAAGGAUAUGGGUCGUCGUGCCGAAGAAUAUGUUCAAGUGCAGGAUUCUGAGGAUUCGGGCUCCGAAAACUUCUUUUAG